AAAUUAGGAGUUCCAAUCUAAGCUCAAAAAAUAAUCUUCUGCCCAAAUUCAACGCGUUGGAUUUUGUUGAUUCGUUAAAAUUGUUGAAUUAAUUAUCUAAGAUUAAAAAAUCGCUGAAAGCUGAACUCCGCUGAAGACUUUUCGAUCAAUUGUUCGUUUGAUUUUGGGUUUUCAAACUCCGUGGAACUUCGGUCAUUGAAAUUUCAGUGGAACAUCCUAUUCAAGGCUGUGGACAAGAUCAAUAUCCCCUGUAAGCUACCUUCAAAUGGCCGAAAAAGCUUGUGUAAAGCGCCUCCAAAAGGAAUAUAGAGCCCUAUGUAAAGAACCUGUCUCCAAUGUCGUGGCACGUCCUCUGCCAAAUGACAUCCUUGAGUGGCAUUAUGUUUUGGAGGGAAGUCAAGGAACGCCCUUUGCAGGUGGAUAUUACUAUGGAAAGAUAAAGUUUCCACCAGAGUACCCAUUUAAACCUCCAGGAAUCACCAUGACUACUCCAAAUGGACGCUUUAUGACACAAAAGAAAUUAUGCCUGUCCAUGAGUGAUUUCCAUCCUGAGAGUUGGAACCCCAUGUGGUCUGUCUCAAGCAUACUGAAUGGCCUCCUUUCAUUCAUGAUGGACAAUAGUCCUACCACUGGCAGUGUCUCAAGUACAGACGCAGAGAAAAAGAGGCUUGCAAGUACUUCCCUUGCUUUUAAUUGUAAAAUCCCAACUUUUAAGAAACUAUUUCCAGAGUACCUGGAGAAAUACGAACAACAGUUAGCGACCGAGCAAUCUGCUGAUCAGGCAGCACAAGAAUCCGUCAGGGAAGAAAGUUCCCGCCCCACAUUAAAGAAACGUGGAUCCCAGGUGGAACCGAAUAGCGUAGACGUCCCAAAAGAGGUAAAUAACCAGCAGAAACGCGGGUCUUUCCCUACCUGGUUGUCAGUGAUGCUCGUUUGCAUUUUCGCUGCUGUAAUGGCUCUACCCCUGCUUCAGCUGUGAUGUUAUAUGGCCAUCUUGAAAGGGAUAUUUUGAGUGUGAUUUAGGUGUAAUAUCUUAUAAGUGUUAAAUGUACCGAAACAGGACCUGUACAGUGGUCGUGCAAAUGAAGGAAAUAUGAUUUGAAUCCA